CCAAGACAGUCUCACCUAGAUUUGGAAAGAAAAAAAAAAAAAAAAAACCAUAAAGGUACAGAAAAAGAGAUGAUGUCACUGGUACAAGGUUUUUUCAACUACCUUUUCUAUUUUCUGGGGGGUGGGCAUUAUCCAAGAUCUUUUGGUGAGGUGGUACCAAAUAGCUUUGAGAUUAUGUUAAAUAUGUACAGACCUGAUUGUUGUACUCUCAGAAAAGUGAUUUGAUCUCUACAGCAGUUAGGGAAGAAAGAAUUCCUAUUCUCCAACACUGUCAGAAAGACCACACCACGUUAAAAAUACACAGGGAGUCAAAAUCAACUGGAGAAGCACAAGAAAUAAUGUGGCCAAAAUUCUGAUACCACCAGAAGUCAGUUAAAAAAAACCAAAAAAACAAAAAACUCUUCCAUGGAAAACCAUCCCAGUGGGUAAGUAGAGCUAAAUGACAUCAACCAGUGCCCCAGGGGAAAAAAACAAAAAAACACACUCUUUUUUUUUAGCCUUGAUCUAAAGCCAAUAUCUUCUAAAAUGAGCAUUGAGUCUACAGAUACCUUCUGAACACUCAUUAUAUGCAAGGUAUAAUGCUUGACAUUGUGAGAAAAAAAUCCUAGAAGUUAGACUCAGUGCCCUAAAAAGGUCUAUUCAUCUAUCAGGUUGUUAAAUAAAUUUUGUGUAAAUUCAGAGUGUUUUAAAGGCACAUGUUUGCCAAUUCAGGAAAUGACACCCCUUUAGUCAAGACUAAAUAGGGCUGUUUUAUUUGGGUCCAUUAAGUGGAUGCUGGUUUUGGUUGGCCAACAUGACGUGCCCACUUUUUCAGCAUCUUCCAUGACAGUGGACAGCUGAUGAGAGCUUACCUGAUCCCUGAGACAGUUGCACUUGCAAAUUGGACACAAACUUCUGUCCUAGAUGGUUUCAUGGGCCGGAAAGGCGGAGAAGCUGGUGGCUAUUUUUCAGAGUGCUGUGAGUGAGAGGGGAGAGCCUGGGCCAAGGAGGCUGAAGCUGUGGCUUCCAGGUCUUGCUGCACAGGAUUUUCUGGAGAAUAUGCUGACAGGCUUAGUAAUAAAGGAUGGAAGAAUCAAAUAAGGAGAAGAACGAGUUGGUUGGGGCUGGGGCUCAAAGGAGUCAGUCCUGAUAGCAGUCUAUUAGCUAAUUAAGCCACCCACUUAAAAAAAAUCUGAGAGCAUCCAAAGCAUUCAAGCAUGAGAGCUGAAACCACAAGAAAAGAACAGCAUGUGCUAGAAGGAAAUUUGAAGGUUGACAAUUUAUGUUGAGGGCGAAUUUGAGUGAGUGAAAUUUUACUUCUGAGCAGAAUUCAUUUGUAAGUCUGAGAAAGUGAACUGGUGAUGGUCUCUCUCUAGAACACUGAAGGGUCCAAGAGUGAAGGCUUAAUAAAUGGCCUAAGAUACAUUCACUAGUGUAGUGUAAUUCUCAAAUAGACUUUAAAAAAAAAAAAGAAUAACCUCUCCUCUCUGAGAAGCUGCUUGAAUUAUACAAAAUUCAAAGGUAGGGUGAUAUCUGUGAAAAAUGGGAAACAAGAAAGUGCCUGGGUUGCCCUAAAAGUGAAUUGCAAAGAACACUGGAGGAGGAGAAAGAUUAAAGAGGAACCUAGAAAGGACAGGUUGACUAACUGGACGAAACCCACCAGCAGGGAGGCCAAAGUCCUCUGUGGUACCUGUCUCUGCUAACAAAUAUCCAAGCAACGUUAGAAAAUUCACCCUCUUUCCUUUUUUGCCUUGACUGUCAAGAAGCUCAAAGCUGCUUUUCAAACUUUAUCUCAUCAAGACACAUGCAGAAUAUUAUCAUAUUCUAUGGCAGACUGAGGUUUAAAAAAAAAGUCUGUGAUAGGGCCAGAGACUGAGGGCUCUAGAGAAUGGGCAUCUACCAAGGAAUAUCCAUAUUCCAUCAGCGGCAGUUCAAUGAGGUUCUGAAAUGUGAAUUGACUUAUAGGGGUGUGUGUGUAUGUGUGUGUUUGUGUGCAUAUACAUAAAACAUCCUAUAUAUUCCCUAUAUAUCCUAUAUAUUAUUUAUUGGACUAUUAUAUGUCAAUUCUAGGCCCAUAUGUUGGUCUAUAUUUUCAUUGUAUUAUUUCCUCAUAGUACAUGUCUUUAUAUCUCUUAUUUCUCUUUGCAAAACUUUCUUUGAUUUUAAUGGCAAACUUCCUCAAUUAUUCUUUAGGUAAAAUGUGGAGCACACAUUUAAAGAUGUGUCUUAUUUGUAUGUUUACUGUGUUCCAGGCACUAUACUUUAUUUCUGGAAGACCACAGCAAUACUGCCUAUCUCUUGGCAGUGUGACAAACCCAGCUCUUCUAAGGACUGGAUGAAAUCAGUUGGAGUAAAACAUUUAGCCAGUACCUGACCGACGUUGCAAGGGGUAUCUGGAGCUUUCAGCGAGCCGGCGGGGAUAGCUCCUCACUGGGAACACUGAAACGCUGGGAACACCUUUACUGUCAGAUUUCCUGCGCUGAGAGCCUCUGUACGCUGCCGGGGACCUGCAAUUAGUUCUCUCUGCAAAAGGUUAUUUUGUGAAUCGCUGCUGGUGAAAUCAGUACAGCGCGAAUGGAAGGAAAAGAUCUGAAAUACGCAAGGUACGUUACUUUAAAAAGUUUUUUUUUUUUUUAAAUGCAGUUACACGUGUGUCUUUAUUAAAACGCAAGACAGUUUUAGGUAUGCACUGAAAAAUACAAAUAAUUCUGCAUUUGAUUGCAAAGGGGCUCUUUUCGAUGGUGAUGUAAAUAUUCUCCAUCUUUUUUGGGAGUGGUGAUGACCUAUGAAUUGAGUUGUCAAAACUCGUAGAAACUCUACGCUGAACCUCUGUGCAUUGUAUUCGGUAAAUUGUACGUCAAUUAAAAAAUCAGAACAUAAUCCUGCAGUUACUACGUGCCAUUGCGUAAUUACAUACAUAAACACCGACUAAAUGCAGCUGUAGGUGUAUAUUUAUAGCAGCUAAGCGAGACUCUGUGGGGUUAUUUAUUUAUGCAAGCUCUGAGAAGCCGGGAAAGGGAAAAGAGGCUUCUGACAUCACAUGGGGCGGGGCCGAAAGCCCUAAGAAAAGUACGUAGGACCAGAGCAGCAGCUGCCGCCAGACACAAUCUCACCAUGAGCGGCCACAACAACUCCGAGCUCCUCGUCCUCUGCAGCUCCGGCCAGCUGUUCCUGCAGCCCCUCUGGGACCACCUGAAGACCUGGGAGACCCUCAUCCAGUCGCCCUUCUUCCCAGUCUUCUUCUCCAUCACCACCUACUUGGGCUUCUGCCUGCCCUUCGUGGUACUGGAUGUCUUGUGCCCGUGGGUGCCCGCGCUGCGGCGCUACAAGAUCCACCCGGACUUCUCGCCGUCGGUGUGGCAGCUGCUGCCCUGCCUGGGGCUGACGCUCUACCAGCAUGUGGUGUUCGUGUUCCCGAUGACUCUGUUGCACUGGGCAGCAAGCCCGGUUCUUCUGCCCCCAGAAGCCCCCGAGCUGCUCCAGCUGGUGCGCCACAUCGUGCUGUGCCUGCUGCUCUUCGACACCGAAUUCUUCAUCUGGCAUGUGCUGCAUCACAAAGUGCCUUGGCUGUACCGGACCUUCCACAAGAUGCACCACCAGAACUCGUCCUCGUUCGCACUGGCCACACAGUACAUGAGUGUCGGGGAGCUACUUUCUUUGGGUGUCUUUGACAUGGUGAACAUCAUGCUGCUCCGGUGCCACCCGCUCACCGUCCUGAUCUUCCACGUGAUCAACAUCUGGCUGUCGGUGGAGGACCACUCCGGCUAUGACUUCCCCUGGUCCACUCACAGACUAGUACCUUUCGGGUGGUAUGGGGGCGUGACACACCACGACCUACAUCACUCCCAGUUUAACUGCAACUUCGCCCCUUACUUCACACACUGGGACAAAAUACUGGGAACGCUGCGGUCUGCUCAUGCCAAGUAACAUCCACCCCUCCCAGGCGCUCAGAUCCUGUGCAUUUCACACUUGAAUCAGCAGAGACACUUGAUGUGUUUUGUUUUGUUUUGUUUCUUUCAGUCAGUAACUUAUUAUCUGAUAGAAAUGUAUGGGAAAAACCUGUAUUUUUUCACAGUUUGAUAAAGUAAUUUAUAUAAAGUUUGUAUAUAAACAACUGUAUUCUUGAUGUAGAAUUCUAGCUAACUUCAAUAGCCUUGAUUUCUGGUGUAAAGUACCCAAAAAUCACUGUCAUAUUUAAAUGAUCUCUAAAAAGAUUUGUUUGUAGAACAAGGAAUUUACUAUGUUUGACAGUGUCCAAGAACUAGGCUAAAAUAACUUUUUUAUGGAGAAUCUCAUCUCUGACUCUGUAAACAAUGAAACAUGUUCCUGCUGGACAGUGACCAAGAUUAUUAUACUUUUUUCUAUGUUUUCAUAGAACUGUAUAUUUAUAUUGAAAGAAAUGUUAUUUGUGCUUAAAAAAAAAAAAAAAAAACACAAACCAAA